UGUGCAGCGUGAGCAGUUCCCUUGUUGAGGAGAAACCUGGCCUGUGUUCAAUGGACGUACUCAGCAUGGGUGCUUCUACGUCGCUCAGUUCUGAGAGGUCUAGCCAUCGUUUCCCCAGGACGUGGCUGCUUCUCGGGGCCUGCAGCCGGUCUGCCCGCCUUGACCAUGGCCUGGUGCGGCUCUGGCGCGCUUCGGAGUCGUUACACUUUGGUGCUCUUAGUGAGUUGGGAUCUUUGUAGGAAAAAUGAUGAUGGAGACACGACUCUUGUUGUUGAAAAGGACCAUUUUAUGGAUGAUUUCUUCCAUCAGGUUGAGGAGAUCAGAAACAGUAUAGCUAAAAUAGCUCAGUAUGUUGAAGAAGUAAAGAAAAACCACAGCAUCAUUCUUUCUGCACCAAACCCAGAAGGAAAAAUAAAAGAAGAACUUGAAGAUCUGAACAAAGAAAUCAAGAAAACUGCUAAUAAAAUUCGGACCAAGUUAAAAUCUAUUGAACAAAGUUUUGAUCAGGAUGAGAGUGGGGACCGAACGUCAGUGGAUCUUCGGAUACGAAGAACCCAGCAUUCAGUGCUAUCUCGAAAGUUUGUGGAAGUUAUGACAGAGUAUAAUGAAGCACAGACUCUAUUUCGGGAGCGAAGCAAAGGCCGGAUACAGCGUCAGCUAGAAAUAACUGGAAAAACUACCACUGAUGAUGAACUAGAAGAGAUGCUGGAAAGUGGGAAUCCCUCCAUUUUCACGUCGGACAUUAUAUCAGAUUCACAGAUUACUAGACAGGCUCUCAAUGAAAUUGAGUCACGUCAUAAAGACAUUAUGAAGCUGGAGACCAGCAUCCGAGAGCUGCAUGAGAUGUUCAUGGACAUGGCCAUGUUCGUUGAGACUCAGGGUGAAAUGAUCAACAACAUAGAAAAAAACGUUAUGAAUGCCACAGACUAUGUAGAACAUGCUAAAGAAGAAACGAAAAAAGCUAUUAAAUAUCAAAGCAAAGCAAGAAGGAAAAUGAUGUUCAUUAUUAUUUGCGUAGUUAUUUUGCUUGUGAUCCUUGGAAUUAUCCUAGCAACAACAUUGUCAUAGCAACCAUGUCCCAAGAACCGUUUAUCCUUGGAGUCAGACCACAUCUGCAGCAAAUGAGCCUCCUCCCAUUUCAUGAAUGAAUCCUAGACAUUGUGACAUGUGGCAUUGAGUGCUGACUUUAUUAGUGAAUUCAAGGAGAAAACGCAACAGAAUGUAUUGUUUGGUGAGAAAAGCAGAAUGGAUGUGAUGAGUUAAUAACCCAGACAUCCUCGGACUCUACAUAACACACCACAAAAAAUUAACAACGUGAAACUGCUUUCAGUGGCCUUAGAAUAAGGAAUUAUUGAAAUUUUCAAUUUUUUUUAUAUCUCAGUGUUAAAAAUGUAUGUGAGGUUUAAUUAGGAAUGUCUUAUGUUAUGAAGCUAUUAGAUGUGAGGUCUAAGACUUUCUUCCCUCUCCCAGCUAACAUGCUGAUUGAGACGUUUUUGUACUGUGUUUAAUUUGUGUUUGUUUAUGUUUGCAAAAAUUAUUUUUAUUAUCACAGAGCUGUUUUGUAAGAUAUCUAUAAUUUUAAAUGUUUGUAAAUUGUUUAAUAUAUUAACAUCUUAAUUUACUCCAAUUUUAUAUAUUAACUAUUGCCUUUUAAAAGAAAUAGGAAGGUUCAUGAUAUUACAGCCAUUUUUGCACAGUUGUUUACAUAGUCUGCCAUCGGCCUAGAAGACAUUGGUUGCAAGGUUCCCCAAAAAGCCUUUCUAGUGCCUUCUGUUAAAAUUGAUUUAUAAGGUUUAAAUGCACCCAACACCCUCCAGGAAAAGCUCGAUUAUUGUACUCAGCUCCAUUUCUAGCUGUUUCAUUACCCAAGAUAAUAAAUUAGUUACUGCACUGUAAA